UGCCAUGCCAAUAUCCACUGAUCCAGAGAAUCUCUAGCUUCACAGCUAUAAAAUAGCCUUGGAGCUUUCCCGGUCUAAUUCUCACCGACGGAUCCCACUCCACCAGCCUCUCCCCUCCCAUUCGCGCGGUUAAAUGCUCUGGCUAAAGUGCCAUCAUCCUCAGCACCAGAAUUUCAAGCGCUCCCGUCAUGACAGCCCCCCAUAUGGAGAAUCUUGUCGGUCUUGUGGUCUCGGGUCUCUCGAUAUCAUGGCUUCUUGAUUGGCGAGGGUAAAAACCGUGGGGGUGUAACCAUCAUGUCAACUCUACGGGUAUUUAGCACAGGGAGCUAUGUUGAUGGGAGGGACCAUGUGAUGAGGUUGGGGUAUAUGAGCCGCUGCCCUCAUCAGCAGAUUUUGGCCAUGAUCUGAAUUUUUUAAUCAUUGAGAACUGUUGUUCAGGCUAUUUCUACAAUUGCUUUUGGUGAUAGAUUGACGGUGUUGUUGAACUCCACCGUGAUCCAUAUAAGACAGGACAUCCCACUUUGAGCUACGAGUGACGAAUCUACUUCAUCAUCCCACGACUCGCGACUCAAUUCUCCUCCUCUUCAUCUCAUCUCUCGUCUUUCACCUUAUCACAAUUACUCACAGCUAAAUAACAGCAACAAUGGCCAGCAACCUCUCCUUCGUCCUCAACAAGCCCGGCGACGUCUCCUUCGAGGAGCGCCCCAAGCCCACCCUCUCGAGCCCCCACGAUGUCCUCGUCGCCGUCAACUACACCGGCAUCUGCGGUUCCGACGUGCACUACUGGGUCCACGGCUCCAUCGGCAAGUUCGUCGUUGAAGACCCCAUGGUUCUAGGCCACGAGUCCGCCGGCACAAUCGUCGAAGUCGGCUCCAAAGUCAAGACCCUCAAGGUCGGCGACCGCGUCGCUCUCGAGCCCGGCUAUCCCUGCCGACGAUGCCAGAACUGUCUCGCUGGAAAGUAUAACCUCUGCCCGGAUAUGGUGUUUGCUGCUACACCACCCUACCACGGAACUUUGACCGGUUACUGGACUGCGCCUGCGGAUUUCUGCUUCAAGCUUCCUGAUAAUGUAUCGCAGCAGGAGGGUGCUCUGAUUGAGCCUCUCGCUGUCGCUGUUCACAUCGUCAAGCAGGCCCGCGUCAAGCCCGGUGACUCCGUCGUUGUCAUGGGCGCUGGACCCGUUGGUCUUCUCUGCGCCGCUGUCGCAAAGGCCUACGGAGCCUCCAAGAUCGUUAGUGUCGAUAUUGUCCAGAGCAAGCUCGACUUCGCCAAGGACUUCGCCUCCACCCACGUCUACGCUUCUCAACGCAUUGCACCCGAGGAGAACGCCAAGAACAUCUGCGAGCUCGCUGGUCUCCCUGAAGGCGCUGACGUUGUCAUUGACGCCAGCGGUGCCGAGCCCUCAAUCCAAGCAUCUAUCCACGUCCUCAAGAACGGCGGUAGCUACGUGCAGGGCGGCAUGGGCAAGGCCGACAUUACCUUCCCUAUCAUGGCAUUCUGCAUCAAGGAGGCUACAGCCAGCGGCUCAUUCCGCUACGGCGCUGGUGAUUAUCCUCUUGCUGUUGAGCUUGUCGCUACCGGCAAGGUCGAUGUCAAGAAGCUCAUCACUGGGGUUGUCGACUUCAAGCAGGCCGAGGAGGCUUUCAAGAAGGUCAAGGAGGGAGAGGCGAUCAAGGUUCUGAUCAAGGGACCUAAUGAGCAGUAAAGGAAAGGGUGAUGACGAUAUGAAUGACUGUGAAUGAGAACUAAAAGCGAAAAAGAUAUCCGGGCAUGGGAUGGCUUGGAUCAUAUGAAGCGGGGCGGCGGGUGAAGGCGUUUUGUCAUGAGUGGACUCGGUAUGAGUCCUUUACACCAUAGCAUCAUUCUAAGGCACUUAAUAGAUGUGAUUUGUUUCACUUGAAUCCCUGUAGAUUGACCACGGGUAGGCGGGUGUCACAGGCUGAGAUGCAAGGAGAACCGCGGCCCUCCUGGCUCGAAGAUACCAAUAUC